AUGCCGCGUCCACUUAAUUUCCAUAAAGGCUUCGGCGAAACUCUGCCACUUCUGUCGCGGCCCAAGGAUGAGUCUCUCGGUGAAGCUGAUAACCAUGAUCUCCUCGACGAUGGAGAUGGCCAGCGUCACCUCGGGCUGUUUUCGACCUCGAUGCUCUUGACAAACCGCAUGGUCGGCGCCACAAUCUUUCUCGUCCCCGCAUCCAUCGCCCAAGACGUUGGCAGCGUGGGCGCCGCGCUGUCACUGUGGCUCGUGGGGGUGUUGCUCGCCUUCUGUGGACUGCUUGUCUGGCUUGAACUCGGCUGCCUCAGGCCUCGCAGCGGCGGCGAAAUGAGUUACCUGCAGGCAGCAUAUCCGCGUCCCUACCUGCUCACCACCACGAUUUUUGCCUCCUAUGUUGUUUUCGGGUUUAUUGGGCUGCUGAGUCCAGUGGUCGCCGAGAACUUCCUGCUGGCUAUUGAUCUGACUCCAGGCGAAUGGAGUACACGAUUUUUGUCGGUGGGGGUUAUGGGUUUGGUGGCUGCUAUCCAUAUCACCUCGCGGGUCUGGAGUGUGCGCAUCAUGAAUACCCUGGGGAUGGUCAAGAUUGUCGGUCUCGUGGUCAUCAUCUCUCUGGGCAUUGCGGCGCUCUUCGGUCAAGUGUCUGAAGUGCCAGAUCCUCUGGCUAAUUUCCGACACCCGUUUGCGGGCUCCUCGAGCAACUUCUCCGAUUAUGUGGUUGCCGUGUUCAAGAUCCUGGUUGCGUUCCAAGGAUGGAAUAACGCUUCAUAUGUGUUGGACGAGAUCAAGCAGCCACGGAGUACUUUGAAACAAGCCGGAGUCCUUGGUGUGGGCUGCGUGGGGAUCUUAUACUUUUUCACCAACAUCGCCUAUUUCGUCGUGGCAUCUCCAGAAGAAAUCAGUCGGUCGGGUGUCCAGCUGGUAGCCUUGACUUUUGGGAAGACGUUUGGCAGUGGUGCCGUCCGACUUGCCGCAGCCCUUAUUGCCCUGUCUACAUGUGGGUGUCUGAUGGCAGUCUCGUUCACAGCCUCGCGGCUUGUCCAGAUCCUUGUGAAAGAAGGCAUCCUGCCACUUUCUUCAUCAUUCGGCGCAGGGCCCAAGUCAGACAUAUCCUCCAGGACGUUUAUGGUGGUAUUUGGGUCUUCGGUGGUGGCUAUACUUUUUAUCCCAUUCGGCGAUGCAUACGACAUCUUCACCAGCGUGUCCCAAUACUACGCAGCAAUCAUCUCAUUCCCCGUUGUCGGCUCGCUCUUUAUUCUCCGGCGCCAGAUUCAGCCUACAAACAAUAACAUCCGUAUCGGUUCGGUCAUCCCGCUCCUUUUCCUUGCUGGUCAGACAUGUCUCCUCUUGGCGCCAUUCAUGUUCCCUCAAGCAGAAGGAGGCAACGUAAGCUCGGCCUGGCUAGCUCUGGUCAUGGUGGUUUGCUCGUUGGUCGUGGGAGGAGAGUACUGGUGCAUAUGGCUGGCGUACCAGCAAGGGAAAUGCGACUUCAACUGGGACCAAGUACUCGGUGCUUGUGAAUGGCACCCGGGGUAUGUGGUGGCCUAG